AUGACAAGAAGCUCAAGUGCUGCUGUUGCUGCAUCACAAGCUCCUACAAGUGUACUUAGGCGUGAACCAGCUGCCACUGCACAACGAGGUAAACCUAGGAAAGAAGCAACUAGCACUGGAAUAAGUGUAGGCAAGACAAGUGCCAGUGGCUCACGAAGGGGUGGAAGAGCAAGGGUCUCUACGAGGGAGGAAGGAACGAGACAAGUACCAGUGCAAGAGGAAGAGGAAGAAUCAGAAGGGUCUAUUGAAUUUAGAAAGAAUGUGUAA